UGGGUGGAGUCUCGCUUUUUCUUUCCAGUGUUGGCUGACUUACAGCUCCUAUAAACUAGUGGCAAUUUCUGCACCCCAGCUGCUCCCUUUCAGUUUCUGAUUUCUAAGUCCAUGUGUCCAGGGCUGCCAGAAAGGAGGUAUGUGCCGUUCGUGCUAUUUCCAGGCGACUUCACCUCUGGGCGUGGCGGAUGGUUGCACGCCUGUCUCUCUCAGCACUGUUCUCCUCUCCUUGGCUGGAUUGCAUUAAAACCUCUGGAAGGGGUGCAUUCCUGAGUCCCGGAGCCUCUCCCCUGGGGACGUGGUCCUGCUGUGGGUACUUUGUUCUUGGAGGAAGAGCAGCCUCCCAGCAUGGACCUCGUCGGGCUGCUCAAGUCUCAGUUCCUGUGCCACCUGGUCUUCUGUUACGUAUUCAUCGCCUCGGGUCUCAUCAUAAACACCAUUCAGCUCUUCACGCUCCUCCUCUGGCCCAUAAACAAGCAGCUCUUCAGAAGGAUCAACUGCCGGCUGUCUUACUGCAUCUCCAGCCAGCUGGUGAUGCUGCUGGAGUGGUGGUCGGGCACGGAGUGCGUCAUCCACACGGACCCCCGGGCGUACCCCAAGUAUGGCAAGGAGAACGCCAUCGUCGUUCUGAACCACAAGUUUGAGAUCGACUUUCUCUGUGGUUGGAGCCUGGCCGAGCGCUUCGGGGUCUUAGGGGGCUCCAAAGUCCUGGCCAAGAAGGAGCUGGCCUACGUCCCCAUAAUCGGCUGGAUGUGGUACUUCACCGAGAUGGUCUUCUGCACGCGCAAGUGGGAGCAGGACCGCAAGACCGUCUCCCGGAGCCUGCUGCACCUGCGCGAUUACCCGGAGAAGUACUUCUUCCUGAUUCACUGCGAGGGCACGCGGUUCACGGAGAAGAAGCACCAGAUCAGCAUGCAGGUGGCGCAGGCCAAGGGGCUGCCCAGCCUCAAGCACCACCUGCUGCCUCGCACCAAGGGCUUUGCGGUCACCGUGAGGAGUUUGAGAAAUGUAGUUUCAGCUGUAUAUGACUGUACACUCAAUUUCAGAAAUAAUGAAAAUCCAACACUGCUGGGAGUCCUAAAUGGAAAGAAAUAUCAUGCAGAUUUAUACGUUAGGCGGAUUCCUUUAGAAGAAGUCCCCGAAGACGAGGACAAGUGCUCGGCCUGGCUGCACAAGCUCUACCAGGAGAAGGACGCCUUCCAGGAGGAGUACUGCCGCACGGGCACCUUCCCCGAGACGCCCAUGGUGCCCCCGCGCCGGCCCUGGACGCUGGUCAACUGGCUCUUCUGGGCCUCGCUGCUGCUCUACCCAUUCGUCCGCUUCCUCGUCAACAUGGUCAGCAGCGGCUCCUCCCUGACGCUGGCCGGCUUUGUCCUCGUCUUCUUUGUGGCUUCCAUGGGGGUUCGAUGGAUGAUCGGCGUCACAGAAAUUGACAAGGGCUCCGCCUACGGCAACAUGGACAGCAAGCAGAAACACAGCGACUGACCCGGGACGCGCCACCAUCCAAAGGGGACCUUGGGGGACUGGUGGACACUGCCAGCAUCCUUGGUGGGACCCAGUGACAAAGCUGGGUGAGCCCUGCUAGGGAGGCAGGGGCUUGGUCCUCGAGCCAGGAGGAGUGAAAUACGUGUUUAAAUCCUUUUCCCCCAUGUGCUUUAGUGGGCUUCGGUUCUCCUUCUUUCCACGUGAGUUUGUGCCUGUGUGCGUGUGUGUGUGAGAAAGAACACAUGUGAGUGUGCCAGGCGGUGCGUGUGAUCACUGAGAGGGCAUCUGAGGUGCAGGGGGAGGGCGGAGACGGGGAGCUCGGGGGGAGUUUCCGUUCAUCCUUUGGUGCUGAGUUUCUGUAACCCUGGAUGGCCAGAGCGUGAAAGGCACUUUAGGUAAGAUGACUAAAUUAAGCCUCCAAAAAAAAAAAGAAAGAAAAUUAAA